AUGCCCUGCUUCUCUCAGAAUCAGAGCAUGAUGGCUCCUCUCGCAUUCUCCUUCUUCUUCCUUCUUAUCUCAUUCUUUUCUUUCACAUCAGAAGCAGGAUCCGUAGGAAUAAACUAUGGACGGAUUGCGAACGACCUACCUACCCCGGCGAAGGUGGUGGAGCUUCUGAAGAGUCAGGGGCUGAACCGUGUGAAACUAUACGACACCGACUCCACCGUGUUAACGGCGUUCGCUAACUCAGGAAUCAAGGUGGUGGUUGCGCUGCCAAACGAGCUUCUCUCCAACGCCGCCGCGGACCAGUCAUUCACUGACGCAUGGGUGAAAGCCAACAUCUCAAACUACUACCCCGCCACGCAAAUAGAAGCCAUCGCGGUGGGCAAUGAAGUCUUCGUGGACCCCAACAACACCACGAAGUUCCUCGUACCCGCCAUGAAGAACGUGCACGCUUCCUUAUCCAAGUACAACCUCGACACCAACAUCAAAAUCUCCUCACCCAUCGCACUCUCCGCGCUCCAAACGUCCUUCCCCGUCUCAUCCGGUUCAUUCAAAACCGAACUCGUCGAACCGGUAAUUAAACCCAUGCUCGACCUCCUCCGCCAAACCGGUUCCUACCUCAUGGUUAACGCGUACCCGUUCUUCGCUUACACAGCAAACGCUGAUAAAAUCUCCUUGGACUACGCGCUCUUCAAAGAUAACCCCGGCGUGGUUGAUUCCGGUAAUGGUUUAAAAUACACGAACCUUCUUGACGCCCAAAUCGACGCCGUUUACGCUGCCAUGACAGCGCUUCAAUACAACGAUGUUAAGAUCACAGUUUCGGAGACGGGCUGGCCUUCCGCGGGGGACUCGAACGAAGUAGGAGCGAGCCCCGAGAAUGCGGCGUCGUACAACGGGAACUUGGUUCGGCGCGUGUUGGGACAGAGUGGUACCCCCUUGAAGCCCAAUGAUUCACUCGACGUUUUUCUCUUCGCGCUUUUCAACGAGAACCAGAAAACGGGGCCCACGUCGGAGAGGAACUACGGGUUGUUUUAUCCCAGCGAGAAGAAGGUUUAUGAUAUUCCGUUGACGGCGGAUGGGGUCAGUGACGCGCCGUCCUCUGGCGUGGGGAAGAGCCAGACUCCGGUGAGUGGGGACGUAUCAACGACGUCCCAUCAGGGUCAGACUUGGUGCGUGGCGAAUGGCGGUUCUUCAGAGGAGAAGCUGCAGAACGGUCUUAACUACGCAUGUGGAGAGGGUGGGGCUGAUUGCACUCCGAUUCAACCCGGUGCCACGUGUUACAAUCCUAACACGUUGGAGGCCCAUGCUUCUUACGCAUUCAACAGUUACUAUCAGAAGAAGGCACGUGGGGCUGGCACGUGCGAUUUUGGUGGGACCGCUUAUGUCGUUACCCAACCUCCCAGUAAGUAUUACUAUCAUCAAUUGUUGUUUGCUGUGUGUUUGGUGAAUUUGUGUUGCAGAGUACGGGACCUGCGAAUUUCCCACCGGAUACUGAGUGGAGAGAGAUGUAUGUGGCCAGAGUUUUUAGAACCUUUCUUUCGUAUUCUUCCAUUCAUUACACGUGUUUAG